AAAAAAAAAAAAAAAAAAAAAAAGAAGGAAGAAAGGAAAAAAGUUUUGAGAAAACAACUCCCUGCAAAUUGUCAGACCCAGCCACUGGUCAGCAGCCCCCAAGCCAGCCGUGCUGCCCCAGGCGUUCUGGGGCCUGCAGCUGGGCCAGAGCCCGGCCAGUUGUGUUCCCUCCCGGGAACAGGUGGUCUGGUUAUUUGUAGGGACCCAGGGCCUGGCCCCUGGUGCAGCUCCCCACUAGCAAGUGGAAGAAGGGGCCCUGGACCCCCAGGCACGGGGCUUGUCAUUGGUGCUCUGUGACCGUGGGCAGGCCUGUAUUUGUCUCUGGGCUGAAGGUGCCUCCUGCAGGGUGUUGGGGCAGCCAGCCUGGCUGGUCGGAGGCUUCAAAGGUGGAUCUCCAGGAGCUUGGGUCCGCCCGAGGUUGGGGCAGGGUGGGGUGCUCUGGGUUCAUUGCACUCUGCCUUCUGGUGCUGCUGUGGUGACAGCCCCCAGGUCCCGGCAGGAGGCCCGGGGCCCCGGGGAGCUCAUUACCGUGCCCCAUCUCCCCUCCUGUCCCUGCGGACUGUGCCCUGUUUGUUGUCAUCCUCACUUGCUGGGCCCGUUGCCCUGCAGGGCCUCCCCUGCCCCACCCCGUUUUCUCCGUGGAACGGGGGUGCCCUGCCUGAGCUGCACCCCUGCUCCCCGCCCACCUCACAGUCUGGGGAUGCUGAGCCUCAGAAGCAGGUGCAUCAUGCCCUCAACACACAUGCCCGCUCCUCCGGGAAGCCCUUUACCUCUAGUGCUAGACAUGGCCUGGGGCCAAUGGGCACGGGGUUUGAUGCCAGGCAGGCCUGAGUUUGAUUCUGGUUGGGUUUCUUAUAGUCAUGUGACCUUGAACAGGUCACAUUCCUUGGUCUCUGUGUAAAUUUCGCCUUUCCAGUCCCCAGGGGGGUGGGGGGAUUAAAGGAGCCCACGGGGCGGGGGGUAAGCUCAUGGUAGUUGCAGCCACCUGCCUGCCUUAAAUCCCCCCUCCUUGCUCCUCUGGGCCCCCGCCUAUUUCUCUGCUCUGUUGGACACCUCUUGGCAGCAGGCCUCCCCCUCCUAUGGGAUCCCUAGAGGGGGUGUCCUGGUCUCCCCCACCAACUGAACCUUCCCGAGGGCAGGGCAGUGGAUCUCAGGGGACUAGUUUUAUGGACCAGGAGUCAGGAUGUGAUGGGGGUGGGGGCGGGGAGGGGGGAGAGCAUUUGCCAUUAGCUGGCAGGCCCUGGGCCUUGAGUUUGCCUCCUUGGGAGCCUGGCACAAGGGCAGGGCCGAUCCCUGGGCCUGGGGGAGGUAACCGUGCCCUGGCCGGAGGAGAGCAGAAGUGAGCCAAAAUCCAGUGGAGGGCCUGGGCAUCCGAGUGAGUGCUGGGGGUGCGCGUCCUGGGCCAGGGCCUGGGGGUGGCACUUUGUGACAGGCCCGGGCUAUCUUCGAAUUCCAUUUGAGAAUGUUUCCUGGAGUUCCCAUUGUGACUCAAUGGGUUAAGACUGUGACAUAUCAUGAGGAUGCAGGUUUGAUCCCUGGCCUUGCUCAGUGGGUUAAGGAUCCAGUGUUGCCUCAAGCUGCAGUGUAGUGGUUGUGGUCGUUGUGGUUGUGGUCGUUGUGGUGGUGGAAUAGGCUGGCAGCUGACCUCUAGCCUGGGAACUUCCAUGUGCUGCAGGCGCAGCCCGAAAAAGAAAAAGAAAACGUAUUUCCCAUCCCGUGCCUGCUUCUGUUAUGUGUAGCACAUAGUAGUUCACUCACCAAACAACAAUUGAGCACCAGCUAUGUCCCAGCACCGUUCUAGGUGACUUUAACACGUCCUAAGCCACUUAUGGGUUUCAUACCUGCAAGCAACCAGUGUUAAGGGUUUUCUCGUUUUCCUUCCAGUCUUUUUCCCACGUGGGGUUAAAGAAGUGCUUGCUUGUGUAGUUGUGUCUUCUUUCCUGGGUGUGGCAUGUUUUGGCAGCUCCCCUCCCCCAGCUGCACGCGCAUACUCCACUUCUUGCAUUUGCUGAGUUCCCAGUUCCCCCUCAGGCCCCAGGGAUGUGGCCGUUUGUCAGAUCCUUCCAUGGCUUCCAGUCUCCUGGGGGGAAUCGUCUCUAUGUAGGGGUGAGAAAUGGUGGGAUUUUAGUAGACGGAUUUCUGGGCCUGGGGCUGCCACGGGGUGCAGGGGCGAGGCAGGGCCAACAGGCGAGGAUGGGUUGGGUCAGGGAUUCAGAUCCCCUGGGGGGUGGUUAGAGAUGCACAUUCUCAGGCCUCAUCAGCUACCCAUUAAAUCAGAACCUCUGGGGUGGGGCCCAGCAAACAGUGUUUAAGUCCUGCAGGUGAUUCGGAUGCCCCCUCAAGUUUGAGAACAGGGGUCUAGGUGGGAGAUGAGGGUGGCGGGGCCGGGGGCCUGGCCCUGGGUGCAGGGAGGAGGGUUUUGAGGGUACCCAGCAGGCCUCGGUGACUGGGUGUGGGGAGCUGAGGGUGAGGCUGAGUCUGGAGGGCUCCAAGGUGUGGCUCGGGGAUGUCAGGUCUCCAGCCGAUGGGCCCCUCUGGUCCUUGUCCUGCCACCCUCCGGCCAGGGGGUCUUCGAGCCUCUCCUUGCCAGCCUCCAGUGAGCGCUGCUGCCGCCUCCUGCCCUCCUGCUGCCUGUCAGCGAUGCUCCCUCUUGCCAACGAGCCAGCUCCCAGCCCAUCCGCCGUAGCCAGGGUGGUUGCCACAACGACUGACAUCAGCCAUCGGUCCCCGGGGAUGCUGCCACCCUCCUGCCUGCCUGCAGUGCCUCCGUUACCACCUCAGCCAGGACUAGAGGAGGCGUUGGGGGACCCUGCUCUCCUACACACCCCAUUUGGAGGACUGGGUGGGGCCGGGAAGGGCCAGUGGCAAAGAGAGGCGGGACGAGGGAACGGCCUCCGGGGAGGCAAGGCCCCUCUCGGGUGGCCUCUAGCCUGGGCGGCGAGGCCCCGGUCCACUGGGCUCCGGGACGGCAGAGGCAGCAUCAGCAGCAGCAGCAUCAGCAGCAGCUGCAGCAGCAGCGCCCGGGUCAUGGCAGAGGACGGGUCGAAGCCGACACAGCUCACCAUGCCGCUGGUCCUGGACCAGGACCUGACCAAGCAGAUGCGGCUGCGCGUGGAGAGCCUGAAGCAGCGCGGGGAGAAGCGCCAGGACGGCGAGAAGCUGCUGCGGCCGGCCGAGGCCGUGUACCGCAUCGACUUCAUCCAGCAGCAGCGGCUGCAGUUUGAGCGCUGGGACGUCGUGCUGGACAAGCCGGGCAAGGUCACCAUCACGGGCACCUCCCAGAACUGGACGCCCGACCUCACCAACCUCAUGACCCGCCAGCUGCUGGACCCCGCUGCCAUCUUCUGGCGCAAGGAGGCCUCGGAAGCCAUGGAUUGGAAUGAGGCGGACGCCCUGGAGUUCGGGGAGCGCCUGUCCGAGCUGGCCAGGAUCCGCAGGGUCAUGUAUUUCCUCAUCUCCUUCGGGGAGGGCGUCGAGCCCGCCGACCUCAGGGCCUCCGUGGUCUUUAACCAGCUCUGAGGGCAGCUGCCCGCCGACCCCCGCCUCUCGCCCACCUGCCCGUCCCCUGCCCACCCCCCUCCCCCCGCCCCCGGGCGUGUGUCCGGGGACAGUCUUCCUGCUGCUGGCCUGUGCUUGGCCUGUGUCCUUCCUGAGCCCGUGUCCUCCCUCGCCUCCUUUGCCUGGUCCCGGUGCUUCUGCUCGCGGGAGGAAGAUGCGAAGGCUCCGUAGUCUAGACGCCGAACCGGCCGCCGCUGCUUCUGCUGCAGACCGUGGAGGCCUGGCCGGGGCUCGGGUGGGAAGACGGAGGGGCCUCCUCUGUGCUCCUUGUCGGGAGACAGACCGAGAGAGCGACCAAGACAGAGAUGCAGACAGAGGGACGGACAGAUCUAAAGAACCAGCCAUCGGGCUUCCUCUGGAGAAAUGACAGAGUAACCCCCUCGGAGAAUCUGGCAAACAGGCCUUCGCUGCCAUCCUGGCCAUGCCACCUUUUGCCAGAGCCGGCGACCGAAGUGAACACCCAGCCCAAGAACCCGGGAAGGCGCUGCUCUGGGCACCUUGUGUGCUCCCACGAUGCCUCGGGGCUCUUAAAACAUCAGGCAGGGUUGCCGCGGGCAUGGAUUUGGGCCGUGGGGAGAGGCGGGCCCGCUGGAGGCUGGCAGGCUCUUGCUGUUUUGGGAAUGACUCCAGGAGGGGAGCCGUGAAGCGGGAAUGCGAGAAACGGUUGUGUAGCGACGUAUGUAUGCAGGUGCAUGUAUAUGGAGAGAGAGCAAGCUGUAAUCUUAGAGAUGUAUUCUGUCCCUGCCCUGUGAACACAUCUGACUCAGACCAUCUGUUAUUUAAUUGCCCAGCUCGUUCCUCAGUGGCCCUUAGCCCGGGCUUGGCCGGGAUGGCAUGGGUUGCGGGGGAGGGGGCUCCUGAGCGGGGAGACUUUGAGCUUCCGGCAGUGAAUUUGGGAACGGGGUAGUGAGCAGUUUCCCUCUGCCCCCGGGGGAAGCUGGGUAGAGGGUCAGAGCCCCAGAGACAGGGCCUCAGGUGUCCCCUGCUGCAAUGUCAGGCAUUUUCUAGCCCACGGGUCGGGGAAGGCGGGUGUGUCAUGCAUGUAUGGUGUUUCUCUGGCAUCUUUGGUGGUGUUGAGGGGUGGGUAUGGUGUGGGGGGAGGAGCCGGGAGGGCAGUUGGUCGGAAAUGGGCUAGAGGAGUUCCCGUUCUGGCUCAGUGGGUUAAGAAGCUGACUAGGGUCCAUGAGGAUGCGGAUUCGAUCCCUGGCUCGGUGGGUUAAGGAUCUGGCAUCGCCACAAACUGUGGCGUAGGAAGUGCAGAUGUGGCUUGGAUCUGGCGUGGCUGUGGCUGUGCCAUAGGCUGGCAGCUGCAGCUCUGAUGUGACUCCCCCCAGCCUGGGAACCUCCAUAUG